AUGGGCCUGACGCCAAGCUGCUGGGUGUCAGGGCACCCGAGGGAGCCGGAGGUGGGGCGAGGCGUGGCACCGCGCCGCAUGCUCACCUGGCCCUGCAUGGCAACAGGCAAUGGAGCUCUAGGUCCCUUCGGGAGCGGACCCACGGCCGGUUCGAGAGGCAGCGGGUGGCAAGGGAGGGAGGGCAAACUGGCAGCCCCUGGCAACCUGGGGCUGACGGCAGGAGGCUGGGCACACCGCGGAUUUCCCUCCGCCAGCAGGAUGGUGAACCUGGAGUCUGUGCACGCAGCCGUGCCCGAAGGAGAAAGUGGCCCCGGGUGUGGUGGCAGCCAUCACUUCAAGGAGAUCAAGAUGAGCGGGGAUGCGGCAGAUUCCACAGACACCCGGCACGAACCGGACCAGGUGGAGCCAGGCAAUGAACAGAAUGGGCUGGACUUUAACAGGCAGAUUAAAACCGAAGACCUCAGCGACUCCCUGCAAUCUGCCAUCCCCCCUAGGUCAGGGCACCUCGUGCAGGGCUCAUCAAUGAUGCCUGGAAGCCAAAUUGCAGGGGAUAUGAGCUCCCUCCACACCCUGCAGCAGCUGGUGUUGCUUCCUGGGCACAUGCAGUCAGUUCCCCAAUUUCUUCUGUCCCAGUCUCAGGCAGGACAACAAGCUUUGCAGCCCAACCUCCUCUCCUUCCCUCAGCAGCAGGGCAGCCUCCUCCUCUCCCAGCCAGGACCCAGCCUGGCAUCACAGGCUGUGGGGCGUUCUGGGCUCCCUGGCUCGUCGGUUGAACCCCACCUGGAUGUCCCCCAGCAUUUGCAAGUGGCAAAGCACCUGACUCCCUCGGGGGCAUCAGAGGAGCCAAGUGACCUGGAGGAGCUGGAGAAGUUUGCCAAGACCUUCAAACAAAGGCGGAUCAAGCUGGGCUUCACACAGGGGGAUGUUGGACUGGCCAUGGGGAAGCUCUACGGCAACGACUUCAGCCAGACCACCAUCUCCCGCUUCGAGGCCCUCAACCUCAGCUUCAAGAACAUGUGCAAGCUCAAACCCUUGCUGGAGAAGUGGCUGAGUGAUGCAGAAUCUGCUCCUUUGGACUCUUCCAUGAGCACCCCCAACUCCUACCCCUCAGUGAAUGAGAUGUUUGGGCGGAAAAGGAAGAAGAGAACCAGCAUCGAGACCAACAUUCGCUCCACGCUGGAGAAGAGAUUCCAAGAUAACCCCAAGCCCAGUUCAGAGGAGAUAUCCUUGAUAGCAGAGCAGCUCUCCAUGGAAAAGGAGGUGGUUCGGGUCUGGUUCUGCAACCGGCGCCAGAAGGAAAAGCGGAUCAGCUGCCCGAUGCCAUCCCCCAUCAAAUCACCCAUCUACAACUCCAGACUGGUCUCUACCUCAGGGUCCUUGGGGCCCCUCUCUGUCAAUCCAGUGCACAGCACCAUGCCUGGGACUGUAACAUCAUCGUGUUCCCCAGGGAACUCCAGCAGGCCCUCGUCCCCUGGCAGUGCCCUCCAUGCCAGCAGCCCCGGCACAGCCCAGAGCAACUCCAAAGCUGCCAUGAACUCUUCUGGUUUCAACUCUUCAGGAUCCUGGUACCGAUGGAACCAACCUACCUACCUCCACUGAGAGCCCCCCUUCCACCGCGUGCCAACGGAGCUCCGGCUCCGAGCCACGGACCAGCUCCUCUAGGAAUAAUUCCUGGGGCAACAUCCGGCCUUCCAGUGCCUUCCAGGUGCUGCCACGCGAAGGCCUUGUCCAAGGGAACCCUUGGAGCAGCGGAGCUCUCCAGGGACUCAAACUGCAGCCGAUUUUCCCCAAGGAUUCCCAGCCCCACGAACGUUCCCUCCACGACCGAGCCCUUGCUUAGCCCUGCCCGCAUGUCACACACUGCCCUCUGCUUGCAAAGCCUCUGCAUCCUCGCUGGGAUUGCCUGGCGGGCUCUAACCUGGAAGGAUUUCUUGUGUCAGGACUCUCCUUUCUUCCCCCUAAACCCUCCCACGAGGAGGGGCUCUCCUGCUGUUGCUGUCACGCACACACCCCACGAACCCCAAACUGAGCCGAGGGGACCCAGUUCAUUUCACCACAGCCCCGUGUCCACACGUCAGCCUUGAUUUUUCCAUAGAUUUCCAAGGCCAACUGUGCUUUAUCCACUUCCAAACUUGCUUUGCUUUGAGCCAUUCUGCUCUUUCCAAAGGUGCUUUUUGUUUUUUUCAUUCCCCUCCCCUUUAAUUUUUCAUCCCCCUUUUUUUUAUCCCCCCUUUUUUUUAUCCCCCCUUUUUUUAUCCCCCCUUUUUUUAUCCCCCCUUUUUUUAUCCCCCCUUUUUUUUAUCCCCCCUUUUUUUAUCCCCCCUUUUUUUAUCCCCCCUUUUUUUAUCCCCCCUUUUUUUAUCCCCCCUUUUUUUAUCCCCCCUUUUUUUAUCCCCCCUUUUUUUAUCCCCCCUUUUUUUUAUCCCCCCUUUUUUUUAUCCCCCCUUUUUAUCCCCCCUUUUUUUAUCCCUCUUUUUUCAUCCCCCCUUUUUUUAUCCCCCCUUUUUUUCAUCCCCGUUUUUUCAUCCCCCUUUUUUUAUCCCUCCUUUUUUUCAUUCCCCUCCUUUUUUUUAUUCCCCCCCUUUCUUCAUUCCCCCUUUUUUUUCAUUUCCCCCCCUUUUUUUUUUAUUUCUCCCCUCCCCCUUUUUUUUUAAUUAAUUAUUUUAGAGGCUUCUUAUUUUUUUCCUUUUAAAAAACAAACAAACAAAAAAAAAACCGAAAAUGAAACAAACAAAAAAAAAAUUGUCUUUUGCA